AGGGAUAAGCUGAAAGUGAACUACAAUCUUGACAAAAUUGCGUCAAUAAUAUGUUAAAAGCACCAAAAGCACAAUUGGCCUUUUAAGACUGUUCAGGCUGUGGAAUUACAAGAAGAAAGAAAUAGAUCUGUAUCUGAUCUGAAAAGCAGAAACACGUUUUCUUAUCAAGUACCUGCAUGUCUCGAUCAGUCUGUUACUGUAAAAGACAAAGAAUGCAUGACUUUGAUUCAUAGACAUGUUACAAGACAAUGAUCUCUGACGUAACCGAUUAGAUUUUACAUACUACAAAUGACACCAGAAGAUAAAAGCCAGAUCCUCAGCACCUGUUCUCUCGCGCCUCCAUCACAGGUGGACUUUUUCUGGUUCAGUCCUUGAUCUGUGCUGCAUCAGCUUCAUACGAACUUUUCAGCCAACAGACAGAAGAGAGUUUCUGUGAGCUGAUGUGGAUCCAGUGAAUCCAGCAGCAUGGAUAAGUGUGAGAACACAGAAGAGAAAGCCCCUCCCUCUGAAAACGGGAGAUUUGAGAAACAAAAAAUCCAGAGCAAAGCUCAGAGGAACCAACCUGGACCUGGAUUUGAACCCAGCUGUGUGUCCUUCAAGAGUGACAGAUCAAAGGAUGUUAUCAUUAACUUCAAUGACAUCAGUUCAGGAGUGGAACAGAUCCAUCAGAGACUUCGAUCUGGAUCAGAACCCAGCUUUGCGUCCUUCAGGAAUGAUCAGGCCAAUGGUCAUCAUACUCAUUCUAAAUCAUCAGAAUCUUCUGGUGUAGAAAGAGUUGACCACCGUAGAUCACCUCUUCUUCCUGAGGAGAAUGAAACAAGGAAUCAAAACCAGACUUGUUUCGACUUCACUCCCGAAGUGAGCCCAGAAAAGGAUGGAGUUUUGUACAGUUUUAGGUUUUCUGGUUCGGGUUUGUUCGAGUGUUCUCUCACUGGCCUGAAAUUCCACAUCACCCAGGAGGGGGAGGUGAAUUACAAGACUUUGAUUUGGGAUACAACACUCCUAGAGUCAAGAGAACUGCAGGCUCGAGGACCCCUUUUCAACAUUGAGAGUUCUCCCGGCACCAUCAGCCAGCUGCAUCUACCACACUGUGAACAUCAACCCUUAUCUGAGAGCCUCUCUGUUCUCCACAUCACUGGUGAUGGUUCAAGCCUCAUUAAGCCUGAGAAAAUCACAGAAACCCAUGUGGUUGUGAACGUCCCGCACCUCUCUGACUUUGGCAUUGUCAGUACUUUUUUCCAACGUUUAAUAGAGAGGAAGAUUAAAGGCCAAGCUUUGCUGUUCCUGGAUAACAACAACAACUUUCUUUCCAUCCACGUGAUUCUGCUACCAAGCAACGUCCCUCUUCAAGAAGUAAAGGAGUUCCACAAAGAUUCAACGUUCAUCAAGGUUCCAGCUUACUGUGUUUUCUACAAAGACCAAACUUACAGCUGUCACAGUCACCCAGGAUGGGUUGACAUACAACCCCUAAGAUCUGAAGUUCCAGAAAACUAUGGACCAAACUACCAUGCACUGUAUUGCUUACGUUUGCCAUUGAAACGUCAAAGAAGAACCAAAAAAGUCACUAUUACCAUUAAAGAUCAACAAGAUCAAGUCAUAUGGCAGCAUAAACUCCCCUUACCAGGGUUGGAGAAACAGCAACAGAAAAGCAUCUUAUCUAACACAGAAAGACUGCAGCGCAUUAGGCCAGCUUUCAUUGACAGAGUGUCAGGUCCUACUUUAGACAACCUGCUGCCUAAACUGUGUCAAUGCACAGUCAUCACUCCGAAUGAGGAAGAGAAAAUUGGAGAAGUAACCUCAAGAUUAGACAAAGCAAAAACACUUCUUGACAUUGUGAUAAAAAAGGGAGAAAGAGCAAGUUCCAAUCUCAUUAAAAUCUUAAUGGAGGAAGAUAGAGCUCUUUCUGAAACACUUGAAUUGAUGUGAGGCAUAGAUUAAGGAAAAUAAUGUUUUCGUGAUGUUGACACUGUGCGUUUCAGUGCAAUCUCAAACACAAGUAAGAAUUCAACACUAAACAUGUAUUUGAAUGAAAAUAACGUGUAAAGCAUCCAUCCAGAUGUUUUCUUCACCCGCUGUAUCCCUUUUGGGGGUCACUGGGUUACUGAAGCCUGUCGGCCGAAGGCGAAAUGCACCCUAAGCAUGCAGCCAGGUGCCUCACCGCUGCACAUUUGAUUGCUGUCUGUUUGUACACUUAAAUUAAUUUUUGUGUGCUAUUAUCCUCAGUUUGUUUUGUUGGGUAUUUUUAGAUCGAAAAUCAAGUCCGAUCACGUGGUUUUAGGCUCGAUUGAGAGUUGUCAGUUGAUUAGAAUCAAAUGUUUAAUUUUUCUUUCUUUUAAAGUUUGAUCAGUGCUGUAUAUUUUAACCUUUUUAUUUCAAAUUAAUGCUUUGGUUGAAGUCUGCACAUCAGGAACAGAUCACAACAUUUUACUGCCAUAAAGCGGAGCGCAAUACAUCAGCAGUUUGAGCAGGAGGCUGACAAAAACAGUUUGGUAAAGUUAGCAGGACAUACACAAAUUUGGGCCUUUAACAAACUGAAAGCACGUUUGUUUUGCUUUUUGCUUUAAUGCAAGUAAAGGCAACUCAACAAAAAGUCAUAUUUUUGUUUCUUUUUAAUGAGAAGUUCUCUUUGUGUUCUGCUGACAGAGAGAUGAUAGUGAGGUUGCUGAAGAGUGCAGGUUCUGGAAGAAGAGCCAAAAAAAUAAAGAAAUCCAUAAUAUCUCAAAAACAACAUAAUCUAAGAGGGUUACAUUGAUGAGACCAAGUAAGGAAACGGAUCAUAUUUAUGCUACAACAAUGAUUUUGGGAGAAAGUCCUUGCUUUUAAUUUUCAAUGGAGAUAUUUUCACACAUAUAGAUACUUAAGGUACAAUCACCAAACUUUCUCAGAUGACUUAUUAUUUCUUACUGUCGUACUUUAGCAAAGAUAUCAGGAGG